UCCCAUGCUGGUUUGAUUCUGUUUUUUUCAGCAGGGUGAACAAGCAUGUGUUGCAUUUGUUGUGAGGUGUUUGUUCACAUGCAGCUUUGCAAACGUUAGCCAUGCUGUCAAGUUUUUUUCCAGUAGAGGAUUUCCCCUGGCAAUCCUUAAUCACAGGCAUUUGAUUAGCAGAGCCUGAAUACUACUGUCAGACUCUUAAUUCAUCUUUUAACAGUGUCAUAACUUGUCUCAUGUCUUUUUUCCCUUGGUUUAUUUUUGUUAAAUAAAUAAUGACAUGGUGUGAUAUGUCAAGUGUUGUUAUCCAUCUGGUUUUCAUUCUAAAACGCUUUACAUGGCUUAAUGUAGGCUUAAAUGCCUGCAUAGGCAUGUCUGUAUAGUAUGCUUUAUUAACAAGGUGUAGGCUAGACUAUACUGAAUCUUUAAAUGCCAGUCUUAAUGCAUUAAUUGGCACAUUAAGUGUGUUAAGCACAAUGCAUCAUAUUAGGCCUGAUCUGUUUGUCAAUAUAGAAGGCUGCUUUAUUAAUAAUGUUACAGAUUAGUCUUUCAAUAUCAUGGUCUUGAUGCAUUAAGCAUUUUCUUUAUUUUAAGAGUAGUUCACAUUCAAAUAGCCUGCAAAAAUACAUCAUCCCUGCAGCACUCUAUGCCCAUUUCAGUUUUAAAAUAAAGUAUUAUCAUGGUUUGAGAGUAAUGUGUGGGAGAAACAAUUAGACAAAAGAUAACUUUAAAUUGACUUUUUUACAUUAAUCUGUUCAUUUUUAAUUUUGAUUUAUAAAGAUGCAAAAUGUAAUUAAAUCUAAAAAAUAAGUCAAUAUUUCAUUUUUUUUUUCAAAACCUCUGAUAAUAUCAGAAGGCCUUAUAAGCCUAAUGGAAAUUUCCUGAACUGUGUGUUCACCUGACAUAUCAAGUCCCCAUCACAACCACCCCACCCCCUGCGAUAGCCAAUAGGGGAUGACAACAGCACCCCUCCCCCAUUCACUCUCAUGCAGUCACGCAGGUGCGACCUCCAUUUUAGUUUAAUUUUGAUCAGAACUUGGAAAGACGAAACAUCUCCCCGGAAUAUUUCUUUUUGAUGGGAGCAUCAUGGACAAAAAAAGCCCAAAUAAAGUCAACAAAAGGAUCAGCAGGUUUGAACGUCGCAUCACAAGACUGAGAAAGCGUCAUGGUGAAUGUGCCAGGAGACAAUCAGCUAGAGAAAAGGCAAUGGAAACAUCAAGUGUUGGCACCAUCAUGCCUCACCAGGACCCAGAUGACCAGGUCCCAUCUCCCCUCCAGCAGGACAUACUUGACUUAAAAUUGAUGUGUAGAAAACGAUCCUUGCUGGAUUCAAAGGGAAAUAUGGACAGUUCAAUACCUUCAGAUGUUACCAAGCCGUUUGGCAAAAAGUCACUGUCUACAAAGAAAUCUGCGGACACAGACAGUGAUGCAGAUACAGAAAUCCUAGAGUUGCCCAGUUCUUCUGUAUCACCAGGAGCCUGUGAUGUCCCAGACCUAAAGAGGACUGACAGUGUAUUUCUUACCAAGAAAUCAUUAGGGAUCAGUUCCACUUCAGAUGACUCAAUUAGCAGCAUUGACAACAGUGAAGACGAGUAUGUGCCUGAAUCAGAGAGCAGUUGUGAAGAAUCUGAAGACAGCCUUCCACAGCCUUUGUCCAGUCCCUCAUCUACCAAUGUGCCAUUAGGUGACAAUGUUGAUUCUUCCUCAUCUUCCAUGAAUGCAGACAAGGAAUGUUCCCCACUUGAAGUUAAGGAGACAAUGACUCAUUCAGAUAAUGACUGCAGUAGUGAGGUUUCUGUAAUGAAACUGAAAAAGACUGCAUAUGGCCAAAGAAUGUACAACAAAAAGCAUUAUUGCUUUUAUUGUUACAAACCAUUCUGCAAAAUGGCAAGACACUUGGCCCAAGUUCAUAAAAAUGAGGUCGAUGUAGCAAAAGCUCUUUCUUAUCCAAAGGGGUCUAAAGAAAGGAAGAUUAAUUUGGAUCUUUUGAGGAAUAAAGGGAACCGUGUACACAACACAAAUGUUCUAAAAGCUGGCAAAGGAGUGUUGGUGCCACGUCAACAAUCCACUGCUAAAUACGUGAAUUUUAAGGACUACUUGCACUGUUUGAAUUGCCAAGGGCUGUUCAGGCGAAAAGCACUUUGGAGGCAUAUGUCAAGGUGUAACCUAGCCAAGAAGUGCCAGGUCACAAAACCAGGUAGAUCCAGAGUUCAAGCACUCUGUGCUUAUGCAGAGCCUGUUCCUGAAGGAGUAACAAAAAAAUUAUGGAAACUGAUCAGUGACAUGAAGCAAGAUGAAGUAACGCACGUGGUUAAAAGUGAUGCAUGCAUCAUCAAGUUUGGAGAACACUUGUGCAACAAAAUGGGGAACGACAAAACCAAGCAUGAAUACAUCAGAACUAAAAUGCGUGAGGCUGGAAGGCUGUUGGUAUCUGCUAGAAAAGUUGGAAAACUGCAGAGUAUUAAAGACUUUUUCAUACCCAAAAACUUCUAUGAUGUUAUUAAGGCCGUUAAAGAUACAGCGGGAUACCGAGAAGAAGAUGAGGUCUUUGCAAUUCCGUCUUUGGCGUUAAAACUGGGGCACAACCUAAAAAAAAUGGCAGAUAUUGCAGAAUGUGAAGCAAUGAUUGCAGGAGAUGAAAACAUUGUCCAAAAGGUAAAAAUGUUUAAGAAAAUGUAUACCACAAAAUGGAAUGAAUUGGUGUCAGCCUCAGCCUUGAAGACACUUAAUGAAGCAAAAUGGAACACUCCAGAGCUUCUUCCUUUUACUGAGGAUGUUAAGAAAAUGCACAUCCAUCUCAGCAAGCAAACUAAACUGUACCAAGAAAAGCUAAAACUUGAGAAAAGUCAAAAGAACUGGUCAAAUCUUGCUCAAGUGACUCUGUGUGAUGUAAUGGUGUUUAAUCGCAGGAGAGCAGGAGAAGUUUCGAAAAUGAAGUUGAAUUCAUAUCUUCUCCGAAACACAUCUGUUUUGCAUUCUGAUGUCGCGGUUGCUUUAUCUAAAGUUGAGCAGAAGCUCUGUCAGCAUUUCCAACGUGUUGAAAUUAGAGGCAAGCGAGACAGAAAGGUGCCAAUACUCCUGACCCCAAGUAUGCUGGACUCCAUGGAGCUACUUGUAAAGAAUCGUCAAGCAUGUGGUGUACAUGAUGAAAAUCUUUUUUUUUUCGCAAAACCCAUGACUGAGACAUCAUACUACAAAGGCACGGAUUGCAUCAGGAAGGUUGCCUACCAGUGUGGAGCUGAACGUCCAAAGACUCUAAAAACCACAAAGCUGCGGAAACACAUUGCAACACUUUCUACAGUGCUUAAUCUGAGAGAUACUGAUAUGGACCAAUUGGCAGAUUUUAUGGGACAUGAUAUAAGAGUUCAUAGAAACUUUUACCGACUGCCUGAAGGGACGUUACAACUAGCAAAGAUCAGCAAGGUGCUGAUGGCCCUUGAACAGGGAAGGGUAUCAGAAUUCAAGGGGAAAAACCUUGAUGAAAUUAACCUUGAUCCUAAUGAGAAAGUGAAUGUAGAGACUGAUGUUUCUGAAACUGAUGUUUCUGAAACUGAGGAUGAAGAAAGUGAGGGUGAGAUGCCACAGCCAAAAAAACGACGUCGGUCCUCUUCAACAUCUAUAGCGGAAUCUUCAGUUGGCACCAAGUCUUUGAGGGAAAUGCCACAGCAAGAGAAGCAAUGUCAGUCCCCUUCAACAUCUACAGAAGAAAAUUCAUUUGCCCGCAAGUCGGCAAAGGAGAGAGCGACGACUUCAAACUCAGGUUUGUCAAAAUGCCCCAAAAGAAAGUGGACAGAAGAGGAGGUGAAGGCAGUUGAAAACAAACUUUUAGACUGCAUCACAUCUGGCAGGUUACCAGGGAUAAGACAGUGUGAAGACUGCAUCAGGUCAGCGCCGGAAUUGCUUAAAAACAGAACCUGGAAAUCAGUGAAGUUUUAUGUCAAGAACCGAAUAACAGCAUUCAGGAGAGAGUGUGAGAAAAGAAAGAAAAUGUAAUGUCUCAGGUCAGAUUAUUCCUUUUUUUUUCAGGGAAAUCAAGCACUUUUAAGUUCUAAGAAAAGUUUUUGUACUUGCAUUCGUACAAUUAGUUCUGUGUUUGCACUUAUAUUCGUGCGAUGAGAUCUGUGUUUGCACUUGCAUUCGUACGAUGAGAUAUCUGUGAUUGCACUUUUAUUCGUACGUUGAGUUUUCUAAGAGAAGUUUUUGUACUUGUAUUCGUACGAUGAGAUUUCUAAAUUUUUGCACUUUUAUUUGUACGAUGAGUUUUCUAAGAGAAGUUUUUGCACACUUAUUCGUACGAUGAGAUAUCUGUGUUUGCACUUUUAUUCGUACGUUGAGUUUUCUAAGAAAAGUUUUUGUACUUGUAUUCGUACGAUGAGAUUUCUAAGAGAAGUUUUUGCACACUUAUUCGUAUGAUGAGAUAUCUGUGUUUGCACUUUUAUUCGUACGUUGAGUUUUCUAAGAAAAGUUUUUGUACUUGUAUUCGUACGAUGAGAUUUCUAAGAGAAGUUUUUGCACACUUAUUCGUACGAUGAGAUAUCUGUGUUUGGACUUAUAUUCAUACGAUGAGAUCUAUGUUUGCACUUGUAUUCGUACGAUGAGAUUUCUAAGUUUUUGCAGUUUUCUAAGAGAAGUUUUUGUACUUCGAAAUCUCAUCGUACGAAUACAAGUACAAGAACUUUUCUUAAAAAACUCAACGUAUAAAGAAAAGUUUUUGUACUUGCAUUCGUACAAUUAGUUCUGUGUUUGCACUUAUAUUCGUGCGAUGAGAUCUGUGUUUGCACUUGCAUUCGUACAAUGAGAUAUCUGUGAUUGCACUUUUAUUCGUACGUUGAGUUUUCUAAGAGAAGUUUUUGUACUUGUAUUCGUAUGAUGAGAUUUCUACAUUUUUGCACUUUUAUUUGUACGAUGAGUUUUCUAAGAAGUUUUUGCACACUUAUUCGUACGAUGAGAUAUCUGUGUUUGGACUUGUAUUCGUACGAUGAGAUUUCUAAGAGAAGUUUUUGCACACUUAUUUGUACGAUGAGAUAUCUGUGUUUGCACUGUUAUUCGUACGUUGAGUUUUCUAAGAGAAGUUUUUGUACUUGUAUUCGUACGAUGAGAUUUCUAAGAGAAGAUUUUGCACACUUAUUCGUAUGAUGAGAUAUCUGUGUUUGGACUUAUAUUCAUACGAUGAGAUCUAUGUUUGCACUUGUAUUCGUACGAUGAGAUUUCUAAGUUUUUGCAGUUUUCUAAGAGAAGUUUUUGUACUUCAAAAUCUCAUCGUACGAAUACAAGUACAAGAACUUUUCUUAGAAAACUCAUCGUACAAAUAAAAGUCCAAAAAUGUAGAAAUCUCAUUGUACGAAUAAUUUUUUUUUCCACUUUUAUUUGUACAAUGUGUUUUCUAAGAGAAGUUUUUGUACUUGUAUAAGUACAAUUAGUUCUGUGUUUGCACUUAUAUUUGUGCAAUGAGAUCUUUGUUUGCACUUGUAUUCGUACGAUGAGAUAUCUGUGUUUGCACUUGUAUUCGUACAGUGAGACAUCUGUGUUUGCACUUGUAUUCGUACGAUGAGAUAUCUAAGUGUGAUAAAUAAAAGAAGUACUUUUUUUCCAAAUGACAAUUUAUUUGAAUGCAAUUUAUUUUAUUUGAAAUUUAAUCUAUUUGCAAUACAUUUGUGAUAAGUGGUAGCUAGGGUUUCCAACUUCACAAAGAAAAAAUAUGGGACAAUUGUGUAUAAUAUACUUAAAUACUUGAAAUGUAGAUUUAACAUGGACGGCUUUUGGUACUUGACACUUUGUUGUGUUUUCUUACAUGGCUAGAUGUUGGACUCAUGAAAAAGAAGCACCUUAUUUGUAUCUGUAAAACAAUUUUUUCAAAGAUAAAUAAACAUUAACAUCUUUACAGAAUAAAACCACAAAAUAACAGCAUCAUGCAAAGCAUUCAAAGCACCAAAAUCUAAAGAAAUGUUUAAUGUUAAUUUAUCUUUGAAAAAACUGUUGCCAGUAAAUAACAAUCUUUUAAAUCUACAGCAAGUUACUGGCAAACAGCUGCAUAACUCAGCAAAUGUUACAGUGUUAGCAGGGAGCACCUGUUGACCUGUAUCAGGAUACUGAUUUAAGAAGCUUGAGGUGAGGUCCCCAUUGUUAACCUUUUUAACACACACAGUGACGUCAUUCAUUUGCAUAUCAAAACAUUACAUCAUAGGUCCCCUGGAGGGAAUUCUACCUGACUGGGUCCCCAGCAGUUUGUUAAAUGUCAGGUCAGCCUUCUGGGGGUCAGGCUCAAAUUUACAAGUGAUGGCUGUUAUAACGACUGUAAAUGUAGUGUGGACCAGUUUCUACCUUGUCUGUAGACCCCUCAGAAAGGGUGGUUCCCACCAGGCAGCAUUAUGUCAUGUGUCCCCACCCAGUAGUAAAAGCAAGUAUGUGUGUGUGUGUGUGUGUGUGUGUGUGUGUGUGUGUGUGUGUGUGUGUGUGUGUGUGUGUGUGUGUGUGUGUGUGUGUGUGUGUGUGUGUGUGUGUGUAUG